AGCAGCAGGACCAGAGUGAUACAGCUGAGCUGCCACGGCCAUGGGGCCCACUCUCCUGGUCUUCUCCUUCCUGUGCACCACGGCCUUGACUGCUGACACCUGUCCAGACGUGACGGUGAUGGGGCUGCAGGGCUCUGACAAGCUUGCCAUCCUCCGAGGCUGCCCGGGGCUGCCUGGAGCCCCAGGGCCCAAGGGGGAGGCUGGCACCCACGGAGAGAGAGGAGAUCAAGGACAGAAGGGGAUGCGAGGAGAGAAAGGUGAGCCAUCCGUGGUCCCCAGUGCCUGUGUUGGGGGGAGGGUGGAAGAGCCCCGACUCACCUUGUCCUCAGAGUCUGUGGGGUCUGCCAGCUGCCACCCCAAGUGA